AAGUGGAGCUCAGCUAGGAGCUGCGCCAGCGCCUUCCGCCUGGGCCCGCGGUGCCAGACACCUGCCGAGUCCGAAGCGGGAGUCCGGCUGAGCCUUCGGUCCCCAAGAUCACCAAUCUGAGCAUAUGCCACUUGACAUGGGAACACUGAGGCCAGCAAUUUAAGGAUUUUCACAUUUAUCUGCAGAGAGUCCUGGAUCACUUCGCCACAGAUUGACAGCCUGAAAUCCUAAGGAAGACCCAGGCUCCCAACAAUUUUGGCCACACAAGCCAACCUUCUCCAAGGUGAGAAAACUUGCAACUUUGAGAGAUGAAGUAAUAUAUCCAAGGUCACAUGGUUGGCCCCAGGUCCCCACAAGGGUUCUUCUCUGCACCUUGAAGAUGCACAUCCUUCCAGAUUCUGAUGUCUCAGCAGGAACUCAGCUGUGUGGAGGGUAGCUGAGUGGGAUUUCUGAGGAGGGGCAGCUCCAACUUCAUCUUGGCCCACCAUGAGGUUCUUCCUGCCUUGUGCUUACAUGCUUCUCCUGAUGAUUUCCCGGCUAAGGGCCGUCAGCUUUCCCGAAGAUGACGAACCCCUCAAUACUGUUGAUUAUCACUAUUCAAGGCAAUAUCCGGUUUUUAGAGGACGCCCUUCAGGCAAUGAAUCCCAGCACAGGCUGGACUUUCAGCUGAUGUUGAAAAUUCGAGACACACUUUAUAUUGCUGGCAGGGAUCAAGUUUAUACAGUAAACUUAAAUGAAAUCCCCAAAACAGAAGUAAUACCGAGCAAGAAACUGACAUGGCGGUCAAGACAACAGGACCGAGAAAACUGUGCUAUGAAAGGCAAACAUAAAGAUGAAUGCCACAACUUUAUUAAAGUAUUUGUUCCAAGAAAUGACGAGAUGGUUUUUGUCUGUGGUACCAAUGCAUUUAAUCCCAUGUGUAGAUACUAUAGGUUGAAUACCUUAGAGUAUGACGGGGAGGAAAUUAGUGGCCUGGCAAGAUGCCCAUUCGAUGCCAGACAAACCAAUGUUGCCCUUUUUGCUGAUGGGAAGCUAUAUUCUGCCACAGUGGCUGACUUCCUGGCCAGCGAUGCCGUGAUUUACCGAAGCAUGGGUGAUGGAUCUGCCCUUCGUACAAUAAAAUAUGACUCCAAGUGGAUAAAAGAGCCACAUUUUCUUCAUGCCAUAGAAUAUGGAAACUAUGUCUAUUUCUUCUUUCGAGAAAUUGCGGUAGAACAUAAUAAUUUAGGCAAGGCCGUGUAUUCCCGUGUGGCCCGCAUCUGUAAAAAUGACAUGGGUGGCUCCCAGCGGGUCCUGGAGAAACACUGGACCUCGUUUCUGAAGGCUCGGCUCAACUGCUCUGUCCCUGGAGAUUCCUUUUUCUACUUCGAUGUUCUGCAGUCCAUUACCGACAUCAUACAAAUCAAUGGCAUCCCCACUGUGGUCGGGGUGUUCACCACACAGCUCAACAGCAUUCCUGGGUCUGCCGUGUGUGCAUUUAGCAUGGAUGACAUUGAAAAAGUAUUCAGAGGACGGUUUAAAGAACAGAAAACCCCAGAUUCUGUGUGGACAGCAGUCCCUGAAGACAAAGUACCAAAACCAAGGCCUGGCUGUUGUGCAAAGCAUGGCCUUGCCGAAGCUUAUAAAACCUCCAUCGAUUUCCCUGAUGAGACCCUGGCGUUCAUCAAAUCCCACCCGCUGAUGGACUCUGCCGUCCCACCCAUAGCUGACGAGCCCUGGUUCACCAAGACCCGGAUCAGGUACAGACUGACGGCCAUCGCUGUGGACCACACUGCUGGGCCCCACCAGAACUACACAGUCAUCUUCGUUGGCUCUGAAGCUGGCGUGGUGCUUAAAGUUUUGGCAAAGACCAGUCCUUUCUCUUUGAAUGACAGCGUGUUACUGGAAGAGAUUGAAGCGUACAACCACGCAAAGUGUAAUGCUGAGAAUGAGGAGGACAGAAAGGUCAUCUCAUUACAGUUGGAUAAAGACCAUCACGCUGUGUAUGUGGCAUUCUCCAGCUGCGUGAUUCGCCUCCCCCUCAGUCGUUGUGAGCGUUAUGGAUCCUGCAAAAAGUCUUGUGUUGCAUCUCGGGACCCAUAUUGUGGCUGGUUAAGCCAGGGAGCCUGUGGCAGAGUGACCCCAGGGAUGCUGCUGUUAACUGAAGACUUCUUUGCUUUCCAUAACCACAGCGCUGGAGGAUAUGAACAAGACACAGAAUACGGCAACACGGCCCACCUAGGGGACUGCCAUGAAAUUUUGCCUACUGCAACUACACCAGAUUACAAAAUAUUUGGCGGUCCAACAUCUGACAUGGAGGUAUCUUCAUCAUCUGUUACCACAAUGGCAAGUAUCCCAGAAAUUACACCUAAAGUGAUUGAUCCCUGGAGACCUAAACUGACGAGCUCCCGGAAAUUUGUAGUUCAAGAUGACCCAAACACUUCUGAUUUUACUGAUCCUUUAUCAGGUAUCCCAAAGGGUGUGAGAUGGGAGGUCCAGUCGGGAGAGUCGAACCAGAUGGUCCACAUGAAUGUCCUCAUCACCUGUGUCUUUGCCGCCUUUGUUUUGGGUGCAUUCAUUGCAGGUGUGGCAGUAUACUGCUAUCGUGACCUGUUUGUUCGGAAAAACAGAAAGAUCCAUAAAGAUGCAGAAUCUGCCCAGUCGUGCACAGACUCCAGCGGAAGUUUUGCCAAACUGAAUGGUCUCUUUGACAGUCCAGUCAAGGAAUAUCAACAGAAUAUCGAUUCUCCCAAAUUGUACAGUAACCUGCUGACCAGUCGGAAAGAGCUGCCACCCAACGGAGACACUAAAUCCAUGGUGAUGGACCAUCGGGGCCAACCUCCCGAACUGGCUGCUCUCCCCACGCCUGAGUCUACACCUGUGCUUCACCAGAAGACCCUGCAGUCCAUGAAGAGCCACUCAGACAAGGCCCAUGGCCAUGGGGCUUCAAGGAAGGAAACCCCACAGUUUUUCCCUUCUAGCCCACCACCCCAUUCCCCAUUAAGUCACGGGCAUAUCCCCAGUGCCAUUGUUCUUCCUAAUGCUACUCAUGACUACAACACAUCUUUCUCAAACUCCAAUGCUCACAAAGCUGAAAAGAAGCUUCAAAACAUUGACCACCCACUCACAAAGUCAUCCAGUAAAAGAGAUCACCGGCGUUCUGUGGAUUCCAGAAAUACCCUCAACGAUCUUCUGAAGCAUCUAAAUGACCCAAACAGCAACCCCAAAGCCAUCAUGGGAGAUAUCCAGAUGGCCCACCAGACCCUAAUGCUGGAUCCUGUGGGACCUAUGUCUGAGGUCCCACCCAAGGUCCCUAACCGGGAGGCAUCACUAUACUCUCCUCCUUCAACUCUCCCCAGAAAUAGCCCAACCAAGCGAGUGGAUGUCCCCACCACUCCCGGAGUCCCAAUGACGUCUCUGGAAAGACAAAGGGGUUAUCACAAAAAUUCUUCCCAGAGGCACUCUAUAUCUGCAAUGCCUAAAAACUUAAACUCACCAAACGGUGUUUUGUUAUCUAGACAGCCUAGUAUGAACCGUGGGGGGUACAUGCCCACCCCCACUGGGGCAAAGGUGGACUAUAUUCAGGGAACACCAGUGAGUGUUCAUCUGCAGCCUUCCCUCUCCAGACAGAGCAGCUAUACCAGUAAUGGCACCCUUCCUAGGACGGGACUAAAGAGGACACCGUCCUUAAAACCUGAUGUGCCACCAAAGCCUUCAUUUGUUCCUCAAACCACAUCUGUCAGACCACUGAACAAAUACACUUACUAGGCCUCAAGUGUGCUAUUUUCUGUGUGGCUUUAUCCUGUCCGUGUUGUCGAGAGGAUGAUGUUGUAAGGGUACCUUAAGAUAAGAGACUCCCUUGUAUUUUAAGAGAACCGAGUGGCCAAAGAAACUCUUUCUAACUUUGGCAACAUCAGAACUUGCCACAUGUAGCUACUACAGCAAAGCUUCUGUGUACUUGCCCGAAAACAAAGGAAGGUGCUGGUCAUUCCAUUUCUUUCGUUUGAAGCUAAAGAGAUGUGCAGCUCCCGGGGGCUGCCUUACCAGUAUAGAGAGCUGAUACAGUACUCAGAAGAAUCUGUGAGCAAAUACUUGAAAAUGGGUUCAACUUAGACUACCAUUAUGUGUGGUCUUCCCAUUAAAUGUGAACAUUUUAAUUGUAUGCAUUCA